AUGGUGUUUCAAUUCUUACUCCAAAACAUAAAAAAUCACUUAAAAAGCGUCGGUGAAACGGAUGAACUGUAUCAAAAUUUGGUACAAGGUAAUUUAUGGCGAACAAAAGUAAUACCAAGUUUCGAGGAUAAAUUUGUAUUGCCGAUAGUAAUGUUUGAUGAUGAUUAUGGAACUAAUAAUCCGAUAAGUAGCCAUCGAGCUAACUCCAAAGUAGGUGCGAUUUAUGUACAAAUUGCUUGUAUACCUCCAGCGAUUCAAUCAAAAGUUAAGAAUAUAUUCACAUUCAUUCUAUUUGAUCCUUCACUAAUUAAACUACUAGGUUACAACACUAUCUUACAGUAUGUGUUAGAUAAAUUACAAUAUCUUGAAACCACGGGAGUAAAUUUUGUAGCUAAUUGUUGCUGUCGGUUUUGCAAAAAUUUUUACGACAAUCUGAAUAACAUUUAUCACGAACGAUUUUGCUUAUUGCGGACUCACGAGUCAUUUGAUAGUGAUCUUAAGUUAAAUAAUGUAAGUAAAACUGGCAUAAAUGAGACUUGUAUUUUCAAUGAUUUAAAAAACUUUCAUAUUAUUGAUAAUUUACGUUGUGAUGUGAUGCACGACCUUUUAGAAGGGGUUUGUGAAUCUACAAUGAGUCUUAUAACUCACAAGUUUAUAGAAAAA